AAACCACCCACUGCAGUAGGAUCAAAUAGGACUCACUGUUUUACUCCUCCUGUGGCAGAGAUGAAAUUUAGCGCAGCUUUAGGACCCAGGGAGGCAGGCUGGCUGGCUACCCGCUCCGCUGCAGGAGAAUAGAAGAGGCAUGGACAGAUUUGUAUGCGCUGCUUUUCCAUCUCUGCUUUAACUGUUCUAUAAAUAACGGUACAGGAUUCCCAUCUUCUCGAGGAUUAGGCUUCUCCAAAACACUGAUUUAGUAUCCGCUAUUUUGUCUUUACUAGCAGAGAACAAGUACCGACAUCCUCUCAACUCGUCCAGUUGGCAGAUAUAGUUUUCAUUUGCCAUUCUAUGGUGUCUUCUCUGCGGUGGAACGUGGGCUACACAGGAAAGUUUCGCACAUCUUUAUAAGAGCAUGGACAAAUUCUUCUUUUGAUUUAGACAAGCACACAGACCAGUAUAAUAUCGCAGAAAUUGAAAAAGUGGAUUGGCCGCUAGUGAUGCCAGGACAGUGAGCGCCAUGCGUGUCACAUGGUCAGGUGCCACGCCCUUCGUCAUUGUUGCCCUGCUCAGGCUUGUCCAAUCACAGCUGCUGGAGGGAUCUCUGGUUCCAGACACAGGCGCUGCCACUCAGGAUGGGGCCAGUGAAGGGGCCACGCCGGCCCCCACCUCAGAACACGAGGAUGACAACUCCCUGGGCUACACAGGAUCUCGUCUGCGCCAGGAGGACUCCCCACCCCGGAUCGUGGAGCACCCCUCUGACCUGAUCGUGUCCAAGGGGGAGCCGGCCACCCUCAACUGCAAGGCGGAGGGGAGGCCCAGCCCCACGGUGGAGUGGUACAAGGACGGGGAGCGGGUGGAAACGGACCGGGACAACCCUCGAUCUCAACGCAUGCUGCUGCCCAGCGGCUCCCUCUUCUUCCUACGUAUUGUCCACGGACGACGCUCCAAACCGGAUGAGGGCUCCUACGUUUGCGUCGCCCGCAACUACCUGGGAGAAGCCGUCAGCCACAACGCCUCGCUGGAAGUAGCAUUACUACGCGAUGACUUCAGACAGAACCCUGCCGAUGUGAUGGUGGCAGCGGGCGAGCCUGCAGUCCUAGAGUGUAUGCCCCCUCGCGGGCAUCCUGAACCUAGCAUAUCCUGGAAGAAGGACGGUGCCAACAUCGAUGACAGAGAUGAACGAAUCACUAUCCGGGGAGGAAAGCUGAUGAUAACCAAUGCCAGAAAAAGCGACGCUGGGAAGUAUGUGUGUGUCGGGACCAACAUGGUGGGAGAGAGGGAGAGCGAGAUCGCUGAGCUCACUGUGCUCGAGCGACCCAGCUUUGUGAAGCGUCCCGGCAGCCAGGUGGUGCUGGUGGACCAGAGUGUGGAGUUCAGGUGUGAGGCCCGGGGUGACCCAGUUCCCACCGUCCGCUGGAGGAAAGAGGACGGAGACCUGCCCAAGGGAAGAUAUGAGAUCCGAGAGGACCACACCCUGAAGAUCCGUCGUCUGACCUCUGCAGACGUGGGUUCUUACACCUGCGUGGCAGAGAACAUGGUGGGCAAGGCGGAGGCAUCAGCCACCCUCACCGUCCACGUCGUGUCUGUGCCCCCUGUGUUUGUGGUGCGGCCCAGGAACCAGGUGGUGGCGGUGGGGAGGACUGUCACCUUCCAGUGUGAGGCCACAGGAAACCCCCAACCUGCUAUCUUCUGGCAGAGAGAGGGCAGCCAGAACCUGCUCUUCUCCUACCAGCCCCCCCAGCCGUCUAGCCGCGUCUCCGUCUCCCAGACGGGGGACCUGACUAUCACAGAUGCAGAGCGCUCAGACAUGGGCUACUACAGCUGCCAGGCCCUCAACAUCGCUGGCUCUGUCAUCACCAAGGCCCUGCUGGAGGUCACUGACGUUGUGUCGGAUCGCCCACCUCCAGUUGUCCGCCAGGGUCCGACCAAUCAGACAGUGUCUGUGGACGGGACGGUGGUCCUGAGUUGCCUAGCAACGGGCAACCCCACCCCCACCAUCCUGUGGAGGAAGGACGGAGUGUUGGUGUCCACUCACGACUCUCGGGUCAAACAGCUGGACACGGGCGCACUGCAGAUCCGCUACGCCAAGCUGGGUGACACAGGCAUGUACACAUGCAUCGCCUCCACUCCCAGUGGCGAGGCCUCGUGGAAGGCCUACCUGGAGGUUCAAGAGUUUGGUGUUCCAGUGCAGCCGGCCAGACCCACUGACCCCAACCUGAUCCCCAGCGCCCCCUCCAAACCUGAGGUCACUGACGUCACUCGCACCUCUGUCACCCUGUCCUGGAAGCCCAACGUCACAGGAGCCACACCCACCUCCUACAUCAUAGAGGCCUUCAGUCAUGCGUCAGGCAGCAGCUGGCAGACCCUGGCAGAACAUGUGAAGACUGAGUCGUAUGUGUUGAAGGGCCUGAAGGCCAGUGCUGUCUACCUGUUCCUGGUCCGAGCUGCUAAUGCCUACGGCCUGAGUGACCCCAGCCCCAUAACUGACACCGUCAAAACACAAGAUAUCCCCCCCACCAGUCAGGGAGUGGACCACCGUCAGAUCCAGAGGGAGUUAGGAGAGGUGGUCAUCCACCUUCACAACCCCACCAUCCUCUCCUCCUCCUCCGUCAGAGUGCAGUGGACGGUGGAGCAGCAGUCUCAGUACAUCCAGGGUUAUAAGGUGAUGUACAGGGCCUCUCCAGAGGGGCAGCAGAGGAGUGACUGGGCUGUGUUUGAGGUGAGAACCCCAGGGGAGGACAGCACUGUGGUGCCCCAGCUCAGGAAAGGAGUCACCUACGAGUUCAAAGUUCGCCCCUUCUUCAACGAGUUCCAGGGAACAGACAGUGAGGUCAAGAUAGCCAAGACUCUGGAGGAAGCUCCCAGUGCAGCCCCUCGUGGGGUUACCAUCACAGAGAGUGGGGACAAUGGGACCGCCAUCGUGGUCUCUUGGCAACCGCCUCCAGAGGAGGAGCAGAACGGGUUAGUCCAGGAGUACAAGAUCUGGUGUUUGGGUAAUGAGAGCAGGUACCAUAUCAACCGUACGGUGGACGGCUCUACCUUCUCCUUGCUGAUCCCCAGCCUGGCUCCAGGGAUCCGUUACAGUGUGGAGGUCGCAGCCAGCACUGGGGCAGGCCCAGGGGUCAAGUCUGAUGUCACCUUCUUCCAGAUAGACUCAUCGGGGCUGUAUGACGGAGGGUGUGGUGGACUCAGAGAACACUCUGUCCCAGCAGAUCAGUGA